GGAAAGUGUUAGCAGGGAGCAUUCUGCGUGAAUCUGAACAACGAGACAUUGCUGUUGUCAGAUCCUCUGAUCCACUGGGAAAGCACAGUUCGGCACGAUGGAGAGACGCCUUCGAUAGCGUCUGCCUCUUUCUGAAAAUGCUCUUUAAUCCGGGGGAACUCUUGGAUAAUGUGGGUGGCAAUAAUUCCUACGCUUGGCUACUGGUUUAUUUCAUUUUAUUUGCUCAUUUGGGUUUGAGAAGAGCGUCCUUUGCUUUAGUGGAGUAUCGUGAGUCGCCCUCAUCUCCGUCUGAGCAAGGCAGAAAGGGGUAGUUGAAAUUCGUCGCUGCAAAUUGUCACCACGACCUAAAGAGCUAUUUCAGCAGAUAAUAACCCACCUGAAUCUCUCCUGAAACUGCAGCCUGAUUUCAGUCGAGGCUGCAGCGCUUUCCCAGGACAGAAUAGUGUUCGCUCCGAAGACAGUUAAAAAUCAGAAAAAUGCAAUGAUUCUGGCGGAUUGUAUUGUAGAUGAGAACAGAAUAUUAUUACGUUGUCUAUAUAUACCCUGUAGAACCGAAUUUGUGUGGUAUUCACAUAGUCACAGAUUCGAUUCUAGGGGAAUAUAUGGUCGAUGCAAAAACUUCACAUUUCCUCAAAUGGUUAGACGAUUAAAUCUCUCAAGGAUUCAAAGUUAUCUGCCUGCUGGUUCUGGGAAAUUCUCAAAGUUGUGCGGGCUCUCUUAUUGACGACACCUUGUAACACUAGGAAUAUUGAUCUCAAUGGGUGAAUUAUAGAUUUAAAAAAUCUGCUCGUUGUUCAAGAGAUAGUCACAUGGGCAGUCCACGGAUCUGAGAAAUAUUCUAAUGAAUUAUUGCUUCUGGAGAAUGACAUGUGGAAAAAAAGUGAUCGAGAAAAACGUUAAAAGAAUCCGUAGCCACUUAAUAUCAGCUCGACCAAAUAUCUGCGGCUGAAAGAACAGGAGUUAUGGAGCCACCGACCGGGAUUGACUUGGGCUAAGACACACUGCUCCUUCCUGGAGGCUGCGUUAAUCUAAUUAAAUUUGGGACGCUCUUCUGUGCUGGAGGAAUGGCAUCUCCAGCGCAAUUGCUUUCAACUUUAGUCGUUAUAAGGGCGGAAAAAAGAAGCCCAAAGGAGCGUUGCCAUGCUAUCUGCGUGAAUUUCUAUAUCGAGGCUUGCAAUGUGCCCCCGGAGUUACUGAUUGCCUAAUUUUAUUCAACCGGACUAGAUUCGGGUAACUUUUGGGUGACCCCGCAGAGACAAAGCCGCGACAGAUCUAUUGUACAUCAUAUUCCGCUCUUAGUUGAUGGGUUUCCUUUGGCAUGCGGCGUUCUUCUCGGAGCCUCGAUUUGUACGGGUAGCUCCCCCUACUCCUCGACACCCCCUCCCCCCUAAAUUUCCCGAUCAUUUCCUUCACCACCUCGGCUCGGGUAUUCGAUUUUCCCGAGUAAGACGUGGGGUUGGGGAAAGGUUCGACUGAGGCUUGGAAAAGUCCUUGUCAGAGAAAAGCUCGGGGGUACCUGAAGGGCAAAGAGACGGGCACGGGGGGUUGGGGAGUAGGGACCGUCCCCAAGACUCUCCCAUCUGUCUGGGAAGAUCAAAUGUGUGGCGCGGAGUCACUUGAUUACACGUAUGUUAUUUAGUUAAAUUUGUGAAAAUUAUGAGAUGCUCACAAAUCCGGUGAUAAACUCCCUGGCUCGCCAUUGGCUGAGCUGGUCACAUGGGCCACUAACUUUAUUCAGUUGACAGCAAGUAGGAGGGCCCUAUGGAAGGAGAAAAAAAGACAACACGAGAAAAAUUAGUAUUUUCUACCUUCAGAAAUUAAUGGCCAUGAGUUCGUAUAUGGUGAACUCUAAGUAUGUGGACCCCAAAUUUCCUCCUUGUGAGGAAUAUUUGCAGAAUAGCUACCUAGCGGAGCAGAGCUCAGACUAUUACAGUGGCUCGCAGGGCUCGGAUUUCCAGCAUCAGGGAGUCUACCCACGGUCAAACUACAGCGAGCAGCCCUUCAGCUGUACCAAUGCCCAGGGCUCUGCGGGGCCGCCGCGGGGUCAUGGACAGGAGCCAUCCGGGCCGGCCAGCCACUACCCCGGGCCGGCGGAGCACUGUCCACCGCCGCCUUCCCUGCCCAGCUCCCGGGCCUGCAGCCAGCCUCCCGGCCUCAAGCAGCCUCCCAACGGGACAGCCCUCAAGCAACCGGCCGUGGUCUACCCCUGGAUGAAGAAAGUGCAUGUCAACUCGGUGAAUCCCAAUUACACCGGAGGGGAACCCAAACGGUCCAGAACAGCCUACACCAGGCAGCAGGUUCUAGAACUGGAAAAGGAAUUCCAUUUUAACAGGUAUCUGACGAGGCGUCGUCGGAUCGAAAUAGCCCACACCUUGUGUCUAUCUGAGCGCCAGAUCAAGAUCUGGUUUCAGAACCGAAGGAUGAAGUGGAAAAAAGACCACAAGCUGCCCAACACGAAGGGCAGGUCCUCCAAUACUGCCUCGACCCAGCAUCUACAGACCUUGCCGAAGGACCAUCACACUGAUCUGACGACUUUGUAGAAGAGGUGAAAUUCUUCCCGUUUCAUCCUUGGCUUCUGAACUGUGGUGUGUAGAACUGACGUGAUCCAAACAGAACCUGCAUGUAGCAGCAAAAGGCUCCCGGCUGUCCUUGCUUUAAGGUACUGGGGUGUACAAAGGAGAGCCAGUGAUGAUUCUUUGGACUGUCUUGGCAUUCCUGAUAACUAGCACAACCUAAAAAAAAACAAAACAAAACAACAAAAAAAAAACAAAACAAAAAACUCUCCAAGCAGGGAGUGGAAAGUUGAAAUAUAUAUAUAAAUAGAGAGAAUAUAUUGAAGGAGCUACUGAGGCCAUAAAACCGUGACGAAUCAUUAAGCAGAAAUGAAAAUUUCAUCUUUUCGGUUGUGAACUUAAAAGGGAAGGUUUGACGCUUUAUUCCGGUAUCAGUUUGAUUGUCUUUCAAGCCCACGCGGUUUGGAGCUUAUGAAUUUGGGCAAGUUCAGGGCAGGAGCCUGCCGGUGGGGGUUGAAUCUUUCCAUUGAAACUAUGAAGCCUGAUUUCAGGAUUUAUGAACUUCCCAGGUGGGUCUGUUGCCCCUUCCAAAGGGUGCUUCAAUGCCCUGGCUCAUUUUCAUAAAAUGCCCGAAGAGAUGCGUAGGAACGAAAUGGAAACGGGUUAUUUUAUUUUCAGAUUGUAUUUUACGUAUAUUUAUUUAUUUGUCGAUUAGGGAUACAAAACGAAAACAAAUUCACACAUUCAAGCCAAAAAAUACUGAGGGGGGAAAGCUGAGUACAAGAUUUCUUAUGAUGGGAACCGUGAGAUGAGGUUUCUUCUCACUCUACCAGACAUUUAGAACUUUUUUCUGUAAAUAUGAAAAUGCCCUUAACCCUUUUAGAGAAAGAAAUGUAUCAAUCCAAAGUCAAUUUCUUUAAGAUGUUUUAGACUGUAUGCUUUAUUCAGCUCUAUACUUAGAAAUCAGUUCUAUGUGAUUUUUUUUAAGGCAACAAACGAUGAAACACUUUUAUUAUGGAAAAACAAAACUACCCUAACAUACGGUGGUAUUAUCGAAAGCGCUUUGCGUUCGAACUCGAUUCCAAAAGCACACUUUCCCAUGUAUAUCGGAUUUUUUAAAAAAUCGAAACGUUGUCUUACUAGAAAUCUGGAAAAUAUAUUGGAGCCCUAAGGAAUACUUUGGGUUUAUGGGUUUGUUUGUUGUUUUUUUUUGAGGUGGGGAGGAGAAGCAUUAACGAACAGCAACAACAAAAAACUGGAAUCAGAUGCUUAGGAACCCAAAAAAGUUAGUUCGGAAGAGGGAAUCAGGGGAGGGAGGCUGGGGGAAGAAGGGAGGGCUACAACGGGGAGCGGGGGCAGGGGGGAGACGCGUUUAGCUAGGUAAAUCUGAGCCAAAUCUCGAGUUCAUAUUAUUAGGUGCGAGUCUAAUGCACCGUAUAAAAGUUUGAGAGCCUUUGCCGUCCCUUGAGCACAGCAGUAAAAACAAAACAAAACAAAACACCCUUAAAACUAACGAGAGAAAACUCUAUGUCCUUUCUCUUCUACCUUAGCUGAGAAGAGUUUCAAAGAUCGGUUUUCUAAAAGUCCAGGGAAAAUUGGGCUUCAGAUACAGUUCAUAAACUCGACUUCUGAUUUUUAUACCCCCCCAACCUCUUACUUUAUUAAAAAAAAUCAACCGAUAAAAUGGCCUCAGCAACUCCAGCGAGUCAGAACAGAAAGGCAGGGUGGGGGAGUGGUGAAGGGGGGGGAGUGUCAAGAAUCAGGAACUGCAAUCUAGAAAGGAGAAAAUGGAAGGGUUUAAAAAACAAAAACAAACAGAGGUGUUUUUCCUCGCAGUUCGGCUUCUACACAGAACUGUUUGUAAAUCCGUUUCUAAAAACAGAACAGGUAUUAAUUUGAACCCAGUGGUUGAAAUUAGGAUUCUCUAAAGUAUCUUCCAAGACUUGGUCUUUUGUGUAGGGUCCUGGAGACAAACUCUUUGUUCUUCCAAGGGGUUAGCCUGGUUCUCAGACUUGCACAUGGCAAUACUUGAAUAUCUCCACGUCGUGAUAUUAAAGAUGGAUAUUCUGGCAUUAUUCGCAUCAUUGUUUCUAUGACAAAAAGCACAGAGUUCAUACAUAGUAAAGAUGUCUUUUUUCUGAUGCCUUCACGUUGAGAAGCUGAAAAGGUAUUUUACUGAAGUUCGGCUAAAUUACAGAAACAGGUUCAACCAGAGGACAAAUUUUCUAUUCGAUUAGCUGUAUUUCAGCCGGGAGGACUGACCUCUAAACCCUUAACCUUUUGGACUCUAACUACCCUUCUCUUCUUUUCUAACAUGGAGAACAUUUGGAUGCAGUAUUGAAAAGGCUUUCCUUAGGCACCUUGGGAAGUAAAUCUCAACUCUGCCCUGAAAUUCCCACCCUGACUAAAUCGGGCCUUUUCCAUGAAAUGUAUUUUUCUCCACGAUAAAUAUCUACAGAUACAGAUUUUUUUUUCCUCCAGAAGUUCAGGUUACUUCAGCUUCAGAUCAAAUGCCUCAACUUCUUAGUUCACAUCUUUCUGCCUCUCAGUGAGAAAGCACAAAAGCAUGUAUUUUUGGAAAAAAGCCAAGCCCCUUCGCUUCUUAGCACUAAUACCCUGGAAAGUAACUUAAUCAGAGAAACAAAUCCUUUGUUUAUAGGUCUCCACUUUCGAUGUAGGCCUAAAGUGAGAUUGCCUUUUGAAAUGUUAAUAUCUCGAGGACGUGUUUGUAGGGCAAACCCACUCUUAAAUUAAUCUUGGGAUCAAGGCGCCCAUUUGGGCACGCUGGCGAGGCAGACACUUUUACAAGAGGAUAAUGGCAUCAGUAAACCCUCUUUGCUGACUUCAACAUAAAGGUACCAAAAUAAAUGCAUUUCCAUCUGCGAAUGUGCUGAACGUGCCGCAGAAUUAAGCAGUGGUAGACCAAGAUGAGUUCCAGUUCCCAUUUGUUAUUAUUUUUUCCAUUUUGUUUCCCCAAAUAUGAGCCAGAAAUGUUUGCUUUGUUUUGUUUUGCUUUUAAAUUGGAUGUGUGUGGGGGAGGACAAGGGAACAGGGAAAGGGUUCAGUAGCUGUAGGUGAACGGGAGAUGUUGCCUUGAAGAGACUGCUUUUCAUAGCUCCAAUGUUGUCUGUUGCAGCCUUUUGUUUAUGAUGACAUUGUCAAGCAACAAGCCCAUAUCUGUUCACGUAUGAUGCUUUUUAUAGACUUUACCCAUGUUUUUGCUGCCACUGAUUAAACUAUUAUUUAUACUAAUUGUCACCUGUAGUUUUGAUGUAAUUCCUUCAUAUAUAUUUGAAAUAAUAAAAGGUGUAGAGAAACCUA